AUGUCGGAUAGUGUGCUGGAGUCUCUGGAGAUCCAGCUGGCCGAUGGGCCAUCUCCGGUUUAUCGUGGCGGAGAGCUGAUCAAGGGGAAGAUUCAUGUUCGUUUGCGGAAACAGAUCACUGUAUUUGCGGUUCGGCUUCAAAUCAAGGGAAGAGCCGCUUUUUUGAACGACUCAAAAAAGAAAGCCGACAUUGAAAAGGUCUACUUCGAUCAGGACAUGGCUUUGUUGGAGCGCCCACCCGGCAAACGUGACCCUCACCAUUUCGCAUGGAUUGCCAAUUUCGAUUAUCAUCUUCCAUUUGAGAUGCCAUUGCCAAAGGGCUGUCCGACAAGUUUCGAAGGGCCACACGGUUUUAUUCGCUAUUUCAUCAAGGCUAGUCUUGUCGAGGAAGAUGGAUCUGAUUUGAGAGAAUACUUCGUGAAGAGCGCUUUUUCAAUUGUGGCUCCAUCUGAUGGACAUAUCGUUCGCGGAGAGCCCACUCAAACCACGGAGACGGUUUCCUAUGGGAAAUGUUGUUGCAAAGGAAAGGUAACCGCUGACCUUCAAUUGCCACGAACCGGCUAUUUACCUGGAGAGUCUGUCUACGGAAAGAUCAAGAUCAAUAACAAGAAACCAAAGGAGUUUUUGAGUCAAAUGGAAGUCCGGCUGGUUGAUCGCGUUUUGCGAGUGGGAACCGCUGAGCCGGUUGCUUCUCCGUAUCGAACGCUUCUUUACAGAAAAUUGGAACACCAAGAGUUGCCAAAAGGUGUGAAGAAUUUCGAGGGCGAGCUCUUCCUUUUGAUGAUUCCUCCAGUCCCACCAACGACAAAAGGAGAUUUUGAUAAUAUCACCGAAGAAAUGAACCAAUCACCGACAAAAGGUCUUUUCGAGAGUCCAUCCACGGCCACUUUGCGAUUCCGAAAAGUCCCCUUCUUGAGGGUAGACUAUGCAAUUCAGCUCACUUUGGGCCACUCGAUCCUCUUGGAGAUUCCGAUUCAAAUCGGCGAAUUGAAGACAAAAGACGAGGCGACAAUAUUGAGACCAUUUGUGGCCGGAGCGCAGCCAAUUGAGGAGGCGGAUGAGAGCGGGAAAAUUGCUUUCAACGGACCUUUCCUCUACACACCGAUGUACCCAUACGCGGAGAGUCUCGGCAAUGGAGGAUCGGUUGGGCCUCCAACAGUCCGAAUUGAGGAGCCAAGUGACGAGCUGAAACACAGCAAACUCAAAGAGCUAGAGGGACAACCCGGUGCAACGACGACAAUAAUUCAAGAAACAUCCCAUCCGGAUAAGAAUACAACGGUUCAAACGACCACCGUGCACACCGAGCUUCCCGAUGGAUCAAAUCGAACGGAAACGCAAACCACAACGACAACCACGAUGACCUCGGAGCCGGUUGUUUUAGAGAGAAUCCACGAGAUUCCUCCGAGUCCAGUGCAAGAGGAUGAAGUUAAGAGAGCUUCGAUAGUUCGUCAACCCUCACCGAUCACCAUCCCGGCUAUCAUCGAGACACCGCCCGAUCUUCCGCCAAGAGAAUCACCCGAACCACCAGUUGAUGUUGAAAGAACUGUUUCAACAACUGAAAAUGAAGAGGGUGUCACGACGACUACGACCGAAACUUUCACAGAAGAUGGGAUCACAACGACAAGAACAACAACGGUGACCAGACACCCAGAUGGAAGUGAAACGACUCACGUGAGAGAAGAAUCGAGUCAAGAGAAAGAGAUCAUCUCGCAUCAGAGAGAGAUCCCCAGUCCGAUCGAUUACGCAGCGACUGAGCCACAAGAAGGCGAUGAGACUUAUACGCAAACGGAAACGAUCGAAGAGAAUGGAGUGACUACCAUCCGUACCACCACCGUCACCAAACACGCGGACGGUUCAGAAAGCAAGCGCGUCCACGAAGAAUCCCAUUCGCCAAUCACUGAAGAAGAA